AUGUCAAGAGUCAUUAUAGAGAUUAAUUGAAAUCAUGAGACAAAAUAAGAAGGGGUUUAUUAUUUCUCUCAUAAUGUUUCUUGUUGUGCUUGUUGAAUUAGUGGAUUCUCUUAACCGUUCUAAUUUUCCAGAUCAUUUCUUAUUUGGGACAGCCUCCUCUUCGUACCAGUAUGAAGGUGCAGCAAAUGAAGGGGGCAGAGGACCAAGUAUAUGGGAUACCUUUACUCAAAGAUAUCCAGAAAAGAUAAAAGACCAGAGUAGUGGAGUGCUUGCAGUUGAUUCUUACCAUCGCUACAAGGAAGAUGUUGGUAUAAUGAAAGACAUUGGAUUUGAUGCAUACAGAUUCUCAAUCUCAUGGUCUAGGGUUCUACCUGGUGGAAACCUAAAGAGAGGUGUGAACAGAGAAGGCAUAACAUAUUACAACAAUCUCAUCAACCAACUUCUAGCCAAUGGUUUGAAACCCUUUGUAACUCUAUUUCACUGGGAUUUGCCUCAAGCCCUUGAAGAUGAAUAUGGUGGUUUCUUGAGUCCCAAUAUAGUGAAGGAUUUUGCAGACUAUGCAGAGUUAUGCUACAGAGAAUUUGGUGACAGAGUAAAUCAUUGGAUUACUUUAAAUGAGCCACUUACAUACACCACAAAUGGCUAUGGAUAUGGUAUAUUUGCCCCUGGAAGAUGCUCCACCAAUAACUGUGCUGUGGGAAAUUCUACUACCGAGCCUUACCUUGUCACUCACCACCAAAUUCUUGCUCAUGCUGCUGCUGCAAGACUUUAUAUGGACAACUACCAGAGUUCUCAAAAAGGGCAAAUUGGGAUAUCAUUGAAUUCAGCAUGGGUGAUACCACUUUCCCAGUCCAGGGCAGACAAAGAUGCAGCCUCCAGAGCCCUUGCUUUUUCCUAUGAUUGGUUUAUGGAGCCAUUAAAUUUUGGAUCAUACCCUGCUGCAAUGGUGAAGAACGUCGGCGAUCGAUUGCCGGAGUUUUCGAGGGAGCAGUCAUUGAUGGUUAAAGGAUCAUUUGAUUUCAUAGGAGUGAACUACUACACUGCAAGUUAUGCAGCAUAUGUCCCUUGCACAAGAGAAAACAGAACCUUGUUUACAGAAGAUGCUUGUGUUUUUCUCACUUCAGAGAGAGAUGGAGUUCAAAUUGGUCCUCAGGCAGGGUCAGAUUGGUUAUACAUAUAUCCUAGAGGAAUCCAAGAUCUUUUACUCUACACAAAGGAGAAGUAUAAUAAUCCAAUUGUUUACAUAACAGAAAAUGGUGUUGAUGAACUUAAUGAGAGUAUUGAAGAAUCACUAGAAGACAGAUUCAGAAUAGACUUUUUCACCGACCAUCUUUCCAAUAUUCACAGUGCCUUACAGAAUGGGGCAAAUGUGAAAGGGUACUUUGCAUGGUCAUUGUUGGACAAUUUUGAAUGGGCAGAUGGCUAUACUGUUCGAUUUGGAAUGAUCUUUGUUGAUUACAAUGAUGGAUUGCCAAGAUACCCUAAAAGAUCUGCUCAGUGGUUCAAAAACUUUCUACAAUAUUGAUAUUGAUCCUCCUCUAGUAUUCUUAUAUGGAGUGUGUUAUUUAUAUUGAUACUUAAGAGAAAAAAAAAAAUGGUUAAAUCUGAAUACUACUCCCUUGUGAAAUAGCUCAAAAAUCUAUGAAAAACGGAUUGGAUUGUAUUUUAAAA